AGCAAAAGCUAAGAAUUCCUCGACAUUAUACACAUUCAACUACGUGUGUUUUUACCAGGUACGGUGAAUGCUUCGACAACACUUGAGACGAAUCUUAGAACGCUGCUAUGGACGACGAACUCCUACGACAGUUUAACAAGACCGACAGAUACAGUCAAUGUUUCAAUCAGCUUCAGCCCGAUGAUCCUCCGAGACCUGGACAUAGCAAAGGGUGUCAUUGAACUUGUUGGAUUUUUCAUCAUUAAAUGGGAAGAUAGUAGACUUGAUUGGUCCUCAAACCCUACUUACAACAGCAUCAAUUACACAUUCAGUACGGGGAAAUACACCUGGUAUCCCCCCCUCGUUCUUUUUAACAGUGUUGAUGAAGUCAAAAUGUUGAUGGAUCCAGAUAAUCAAAACCCAAUCCGUAUAGACCAGACCGGAACAUGUGAAUAUUCGUCUCUUGAUUUGAUGGAACUGAAUUGCAAUACGGAUGCCACAUACUACCCCUUUGACACACAGUAUUGCUCUUUCGAUGUAGCUGCUUGGGGUUAUGCUAAUACUGAGCUGGAGUUUAAAUUUACGAAACCGACAGUGUAUCUUUCCUUUUUUCAAGAAAAUGGUGAAUGGGAAUUCACAGACCAUACAGCUUAUAAGCGGUUUAUCCAAAAAGGCCAUCGUAUUUUACCGAUGGCUGCAAUAGAAUUAGAAUUUAAGAGACGCCCUCUUUACAUGGCACUUCACAUUUUUGUUCCCACCAUAAUGCUGGGAAUUUUGAUUGUGGUUGCGUUCAAAGUUCCACCUGAAAGCGGGGAACGACUAGGGUAUACACUUACCACUCUUCUUGCUUAUGCAGUGUAUCUUACAAUGGUAUCUGAGCAUCUACCCGCUGUCUCACUCAACAUUGCCUAUAUAACAACGUAUCUGAACAUCACGUUGGUGGUCGGUGGACUUGUGGUAGUCCUCUCCACUUUAGGACUCAUUUGUUUCCACAAAUCGGAGGAGGAACCUGUUCCACAGUGGAUGGUCAGAGUACAUGAAGGAUGGAUCGGGAAAUUGGCAGGCGUAAAAAGAAUCCAUCUCCCCUGUUGUAAAUCCAAAGACGGAAAUGCGGUGGAUACUUUAGAUAAUUCUUCCAAUAUUUCAGCUGACGACCACAAAGGAGAAGUCAAGGACAUAAAGUGGCCGGACAUCACUCGUCUGAUGGACAUGUUGUUUUUUCGGGUGCUUAUGUUCAUGACAAUUUUGCAACAGAUUGUCUUUUUUUCAAUGUGUCUUUCGAACUUUUAGAUU